AUGGCGCCUAGAGAAUCGACUCGGCCCGGCAGGCACCAUCGAUCCCGACAUGGACAGACGGACGAAGAGCCGAGGACAAGCCAGCCGCGUAGAAAACGACCGAAUCAGACAAGACCCGGCGCCGCACCGAACCCCGAGGAGAACCGACAACAGAGGAGAUCGAGACGCUCGUCUCAGACGCUUUCCUCCGAUGCCUUGGCCCAGCUGGAUAGAGAAAAUGAGCGGCGGAAGCGCAACGCCGACAAGGAGCGUCGGAGACGUCGGAGGGGAGAUUACCAGCAGGUAGACGUCACACCGCAACCAACACCCCGAAAGCAGACGAGGCAGCCCGAGCGAAAGAAGAGACGGGUAGUCAGUGGCGCAGUCAUGGAAGAAGGAAGAGCAGGACAAUCAGGCUUGCGAGGAGGUGGCAGCUGGGGCGAUGGUGACUUUGAGAAAGAAAAGCACUACCGCCACCGGGAUAAAAAGCGGGCCAUACCAGAGGAGGAGGAAAAGAAGAAGAAGAAGCUUUGGUGGCUUCUCGGCGGUCUUGGGGCGGUAAUCCUCAUCAUCAUCAUCAUUGCUGCGGCCGUCGUGGUGAGCAAGAAAAACUCAGGCCGAGGCUUGUCCGAUUCGUCUUCGCUGAACGGCAAAGACCCGAGUAGCGUCCCGAGCAAAUGGAAGAAUACCUAUCUCGACCCGUGGACCUGGAAAUCCACGGCGGGUUUCAACACCACCUUUACCGAUCAAAUGGUGGGUGGAUUACCCGUGAUGGGGCUCUACACCGACUGGGACGAUUCUACCAGAGCAAACGACAAAGUGCCGGCGCUGAACGAGGCUUGGGGCUCUUAUGGGAGUCGUCCGGCUCGAGGGGUCAAUCUUGGAGGCUGGCUCUCCUUGGAGCCCUUUAUUACACCGUCUCUGUUCAACUACAACUUGGGACUGGGCAUCGUGGACGAGUAUACCCUCUGCAAGAAUCUCGGGGGUUCCACGGCAGCCACGCUAGAGAGCCAUUACGCAUCCUUCGUCACGGAAGAUACCUUUAAAGCCAUCGCAGCGGCCGGCUUGGAUCAUGUCAGAAUACCCUUUUCGUACUGGGCAGUCGAGGUGUACGAUGGGGAUCCUUACCUCUUCAGAACGUCGUGGAGGUAUCUGCUGCGAGCGAUUGAGUGGGCGCGAAAGUACGGUCUCCGGGUCAAUCUCGAUCUCCACGGCCUCCCCGGCAGCCAAAACGGUUGGAACCACAGCGGGCGUCAGGGCCUCAUAGGGUGGCUCAACGGCACCGACGGCCAACUCAACGCCAAGAGGUCGCUCGAUAUCCACGACCGGCUAAGCCGGUUUUUCGCCCAAGACCGGUAUCAGAACGUCAUCAGCCACUACGGUCUGGCCAACGAGCCGCGGAUGACAUUUCUCAACGUGCCCGACGUCAUCCAGUGGACGGAACAAGCGUACACGACGGUGCGCAAGAACGGGGUGAAGGCGCUGGUGGUAUUCGGCGACGGCUUCAUGGGCCUGGACAAGUGGCAGGGCCUGAUGAGCGGCUACGACGACAUGGUGCUCGACGUGCACCAGUAUGUCAUCUUCAACCAGAACCAAAUCAACUUUUCGCACCAAAAGAAGGUCGAGUACGCGUGCGCAGGCUGGGCGCAGCAGGCCCUGCAGAGCAUGGACCGCAAGACGGGCUACGGACCGACGCAGUUUGCUGAGUGGUCGCAGGCCGACACGGACUGCGCGCAGUACCUGACGAAUGUCGGCUGGGGCAACCGCUGGGAGGGCACGUACAACACGGGCGACAAGGACACCUCGGUGCUUACUCCUCGAUGCCCGACCCUGAACAGCUCAUGCUCGUGUUCCAAGGCCAACGCGGACCCGAGCCAGUACAGCGACGCGUACAAGAAGUUCCUCCAGAUGUUCGCCGAGGCCCAGAUGCACAGCUUCGAGAAGGGCUGGGGCUGGUGGUACUGGACGUGGAAGACGGAGAGCGCGGCGCUGUGGAGCUACGAGGCCGCCUUGACCGCUGGCAUCAUGCCAGCCAAGGCAUACAGUCGAAGCUUUAACUGCGACGCGGACAUUCCCGACUUUUCGGCAAGCGGACUGGCAGAGGUGUACUAA